AUGAACCUUGUCACUCUGGUCCUCCUACUAUUACACCUUUUCUUUGUUUCAUGGGUCGAUGCAGGCAGAGUUUUUUUGUUAAAUUCCAACAUCACUCGGUCUUUCGAAGACAUGGAAGCUUAUUUCUCUCCAUCAGAAGAGGCUAUGGUAGAAACCGGUGUCCUUUACGUGGCUGAUCCUCUUGACGCUUGCCAAAAGUUGAGGAAUAAACCAAAGCAGAGCACUAACGGUAUGUUCCCGUUCGCGUUGAUCGUGAGAGGAGGAGGCUGCAGUUUUGAGCAGAAAGUCAGAAACGCUCAGGGAACCGGCUUCAAGGCUGCCAUUGUCCAUGACGAUGUGGACCGCGAGUUCUUAUUAUCUAUGGAUGGAGACGAGUAUGGUAUAAACAUUCAAGCGGUCUUUGUGUCGAAAGCAGCAGGAGAAACACUCAAGAAGUACGCUGGCAUGGUGGAUACAAAAGUCAUGCUGGUCCCUAGUUUAGAGGACUCUGGGUGGUCGUCGUUCGCUUGCAUCGCAUUGCUCAUAUCACUGAACAUAUUUCUUAUUCUAACCACUUGUGUCUUCGUCUAUAGGCGUUGCACAUCACAUGUGAUGAGCGAUAGGAUGGUGAAAUCACUGCCGAGUGUUAGAUUCACUUCUGUACAUGGAUACAUCACAACUGCUUUGUCUUGCGCUAUCUGCCUCGAAGAUUACAGUGUUGGGAACAAGCUUAGGGUCUUACCUUGCUGUCACAAGUUUCAUGCCGCUUGUGUAGACUUGUGGCUUACAUCAUGGAGAACGUUUUGCCCAGUGUGUAAACGAGAUGCAAGAAUAAGCAUGGACGAGCCAUCAGCUUCAGAGAGCACACCGCUCCUUGCAGGAUCAUCUUUAGUGCAUAUAGAUCCUCCUCUUGUGGGAUCCUCCUCACUUUUGCACACGAGCUCGUCCUACAGUCAACAAUCUUUCAGGGAAUCAGAAGGUUCAUCAUCUCAUUUCGCCUCUGCACACUCGCUUGAAGAAUGUUAG